UUUGUACCAUGGAUGACUUCGAUGUCAACUUCCGACAAUCCGAUUGUGUAUUUAAUGUUGUUUCAAAAGCUGUUCUUCACAAUUCACAAAUACUUCAACAUGCUGAUAUUGGCUCAAAAUGUUAUGAAGAAUUUGUCACGGAGAGGAUAAAAGGAACAAAAUCGAUAUGGGUACCGUUAAAAAAAGUGAAAAUAGUAACUUUCAAAGAUCUUGAAAAAUCUAUCAAAAAGAGAGUAGGGGAUAAAGUUAUACAACUCAAAGAGGAAAAAACGCUAGUAUCAAGAUUUUUAAUCACUGCACGGAAACGUCCCGAGUUGGAUUUGGAGCACUGUAUUGGCAACUUUGAGUUUUCUGUUGUACCAAAGGCCUUGUUCAGUGCUGAUGGAAUUCCAUUGGCUUGUUUAGACAAAUCAAAAUUGAUUCACGGUAUGGAGGAAUUAGCCAGCAAAGGACAAACGACCAAUGGUUUAUCUGGAGAAGUCGAAACAAACAAAGUAAUCAUUAUAGAUGGAAUGGCUGUUGUGAAUCAAACUCCAAAAACACCGGCAGUUAAAACAUGCAAGGAUUUCGCAUCAGCUUUCACAGAACGUGUACUACAAAUUUCAAGAGGAUGUGAUGAAAUACGAUUGGUAUUUGAUCGCUAUAUAGAAAACUCCUUGAAAGCACGGACAAGAAAGCAUCGUACAUCUGGUAAUGAAGUUCGAUACAAAGUAUCAGACAACACCAAUAUUUCAUCCAUUAGUCUCAAGCAAUUUCUUUCCCACAUUGAUACAAAGCAAGCUUUAACCAUCUACCUGGCAAAGAAAGUGAUGGAGGCUCUUUCAUCAUUGCAUAUUCGGUAUAUAGUGACUUAUGAUACUAAAAUGGAAUCAAAUUUUGUUGAUUGUAGAAUACACGACCACGAAGAAGCUGACACAGCACUUAUAUAUAAUGCUAUGAAUGUUGCACAACAAUCUCCUUUCACCAGUUGUAUUGUUUACUCUCCGGAUACUGACGUGUUUCUACUGCUAAUUUACUACUAUGAGAUGUUACCAAUAAAUACCAUUUUUUAG